UUAUGUUGUUUCCUCGCUCACAGUUUUAGUAUAGAACUUCUAGUCUGUUUUGAAAAAUGUAGAAAUGUACGAAGUGAUAAGCAUAGAAGAUUCUGAGCUGUGCCGGCUGUGCCUAACGGAUGACGGUAGCAUGUCCCCAAUUUAUGAGAGCAGCAAACUCGAUCUGGCACAAAUGCUACGUGAAUGUACUUCCAUACAGAUUGAACCAAUCGACGGUGUCCCGUUGUCGAUAUGUGAGGUUUGCAAAUCGAAGCUGAUUAUUUGCUUUCAAUUUGUUCAGCAAUGCAAGAAAACAGAAGCUCGCGUUCGGGAAAUUUUUGCACAUCAUUUCGAACAAGCCAAGAAUGGCAACAACAAACGCAAAAGUCAGGAAGAUGAGCAUGAGGUUGCUGACGAGCUGAUCGAAGUAAUAAUACCCUGCGAAGAGCCCGAACUGGAAUCAGAAACGUUGUUAAUGAAAGCGAACGGGACCAGUAAUGAGUCUAUUGUAUUUGAAAUAGUUGAUCAGUCGCAAAUCGGUUUGGGAAGUAAAAAGGAAACUGUUAUAGUCGAGCUAAAAGAUGCAAAUAGUGACAGUAAGGAUGCUUUUGACGAAGCAGAAAAUCAUGGUACAGCGGAAGUAGAAUAUUCCAAACCAUGCAAUGUAAACGAAGAAAAAGGCACGUGUCAGAAGAGCCAGAAAGCAUUUAAAAAGUUGAAAUCAAGGAUUAAAUCGAAUAACAAACCAAACGUAGAAAGUAAAACCGAUAAAAUCGGCGCCAAAAAAGAAUGCCCAAUUUGUGGAAGCAUGCAGCUGAAUCUUAAGCAGCACAUGCAGGUUCAUUCGGGCAUCAAAAAGCAUGUGUGUCAGUACUGUAAUAAAGCUUUUUCACAGCGAGGGAACUUGACUUGCCAUCUUAAUAUUCACACAGGAAACAAACCGCACAAGUGUGACCAGUGUGAUAAAAGUUUUGGUGAUCCUACUGCUCUGAAGAUGCACAAAGUUAUACAUUCCAACGACUUGAACUACAAAUGCGAAAUUUGCGGUAAGGAUUUCAAGUAUCGCCAUUCGUUGCAGACCCACAUACGCAGUCACAACGACGAUCGGCGGCAUGCCUGUACGUACUGCAGUAUGGCGUUUGUCACUAGUUCCAGUUUGAAAAAACACGUGCGCAAACAUACAGGAGAACGGCCCUACAAAUGUGAACAAUGUUCCAAGUCCUUCACCACUGCAGGAAAUUUACUUACGCAUAGGAAAAGCCACACAAGAAUUCGUAAAACAAGAUCGGAAGCACCGAAGGGAAAAGCGACGUAAAAUAUAGGUAAUUUAUUUAAGUUUUUUUUUGUUUUUAAAAAACUGAUGAAG